GCGCCAGGCAGGAAAAGGUCUGCACAGCGCAUGCGCCACAUUUAUGUUGUUGUUUGUGGCGGUAAGAUGGCGGCGCUCGGAGACAACUCAGCUCCGGGGAUGAACGGGUUAAUACAACAAUUCACAGCAAUAACAGGGGCCACAGAGAGUGUGGGAAAACAUAUGCUGGAAGCAUGCAACAACAAUUUGGAGAUGGCAGUGACUAUGUUUCUGGAUGGAGGGGGAAUAGCAGAAGAGCCCAGCACUAGCUCCAGUGCUACAGCCUCAAGUAGUAGAGCUCCUCCAACUGAUGAAGUAAGAGCUCCAAUACCCCAGAAGCAGGAAAUCUUGGUUGAACCAGAGCCAUUAUUUGGAGUGCCAAAGCGAAGAAGACCUGCCCGUUCAAUAUUUGACGGCUUUCGGGAUUUCCAAACAGAAACAAUACGCCAGGAGCAGGAGCUGAGAAACGGUGGAGCAGUAGACAAGAAACUUAGCACCCUGGCAGACCUUUUCCGUCCCCCCAUUGAACUCAUGCACAAAGGAAGCUUUGAAACAGCAAAGGACUGUGGACAGCUGGAGAAUAAGUGGCUUAUGAUAAACAUUCAAAAUGUUCAAGACUUUGCCUGCCAAUGCUUGAACCGAGAUGUUUGGAGCAAUGAUGCUGUGAAGACUAUCAUCAGAGAGCAUUUUAUAUUUUGGCAGGUCUAUCAUGACAGUGAAGAAGGACAAAGAUAUAUCCAGUUUUACAAGUUAAACAAGUUUCCUUAUAUUUCAAUCUUAGAUCCACGUACAGGUCAGAAGAUGGUGGAAUGGAACCAGUUAGAUGUGUCAUCUUUUCUGGAACAGGCGACUGGCUUCCUCACUGAACAUGGACAGUUAGACGGCCCAUCCUGCCCGGCCCCUCCUGCAAAAAGAGCACGCUCUGAGAGCUUAAUCGAUGCCAGUGAGGAUAGUCAGUUGGAGGCAGCAAUACGUGCAUCGUUACAGGAGACGCAUUACGAGUCUUCAAAUGUCCCAGAUGCCCCAGACUCCCUGCGAUCAGAUGAAGAUUCAGACGCUGAGCCUUUCUCUGACAGCGAGGGGCCCAUCUCUGUGGACGGUUCAGAUGGUGAACUGCCAGAGCCCCAAGAAGAGAGAGGUCCCUCCACUAAGCAUGCCUCGGCUCCUACCUCUGUCCCCCAGCGAUUGCAUUGUGAUAGUUCCCCUUCGUGUCACAGAAAGUCUCCAUACAAAGAGAACAACCAGAGUCACAAGAAAGAGGAGAGUAAAAAGAACCAUCUGGAGGCUCCAAUUACCAGUGGGCUUCAUCCUCAGGGUGAGGCGGAUUCUAGGAGUGACCACUGUACCAAAGCAUCCAAAAGUGAUGGACCUUGCAAAAAAAGCACUUCCAAAUCCAGCGACAAUGACUGCCCUGAUGAUAAUGGUCCUAAAGCCAGACUGAUGCUACGUUACCCAGAUGGUCAAAAAGAACAGAUUUCAUUGUCUUCAAAAGCAAAACUUCUGGCAUUGGUAAAACAUGUGCAGUCGAAGGGCUACCCCAAUGAACGCUUUGAACUUGUCACCAACUUCCCAAGAAGAAAGCUCGCCCAUUUGGACUAUGACAUCACUCUGCAGGAGGCGGGGCUAUGUCCGCAGGAGACUGUAUUUGUCCAGGAGAGGAAUUAACCUUCAAAAGGCUCACCUCUGCUUGUUUUUUUAUUUUUAUUUUUUCUGAUAGACCUCACCGUUUCACCAAUGAUGCGGGACAAUGAUUCUGGCUGUUAUCCAAAAUCCUAAUUUUUGUGGAAUGAAUGAAUGAAAGAUGUGCUACUUCAAUCAAAUACUGACAUCUUAACUGUCCUUUAGGGCCCUUACGUUAGACAGUUACUUUAUGAUGCCAGCGUUAUUGAAAUUUAAUUUGCUAUUCCGUUGUGAUAAAGCCCCCCUUAUCAUGCAUUCUUUUCUUCAAACAGAAUACAAGUUUAUAAAAAUAUAGCACAUGUGUACAGUCAAAGUGGUUCUGUAGCGUUGGAUGAGACACCACGGACUAGUGAAGACAGGAGACAGUUUAUAUUUUCUUCCUAUCCUUUUCUUUGGACAGGCAAAGGGAGCUUACUUAAUUUGAACCAGUUUGGGAAAAAAUGAUUUGACUCAAAUACAAAUUUCAACCAUACAUGGAGUACAUGUUUGGGAUAUUAUCACGCGUAGUACUUGAGAGGACAUUUUUUUAUAACGUUGGAUCAGACGGAUUAGGACGUGGUCUUCAAGUUGUGACUUUGAAAUGGUAGGAAGCUCAUCUCCUGAAAUGGACCUAGACUCUACACUGAGAUGGCUCGUUCAAUGAGGGACUGUCUAUAUAAACCUUUCCCACUGUCUCCUCUCUGCUCUGUUGACCUGGAGACCCUGUCGCCAACAUGCAGCUUCUCCUACUUACAGCCCUACUAGGCUGUCUGGCUACAGUCUAUGCAGCGCCCACUACAUCAAUCAGGUGGUGCGUCAUCUCGGACCUAGAACUACAGAAAUGUCUCGACCU